AUGUUCAACACAUUCUUCACCUUUUUAUUACCGUGCUUUAUGCUGAUCUUGGCAAUGCUUAACAUAAGUAUUCUACCAGAGUUUGUCAGUUCAUCUUUUGUCCUAUUCACGUAUUUUCACUCGGCUUUCAACUCGUUGAUCCUCAUAUUUUCCACAAGAACCUACAGACAAGUGCUUUAUGGAUGGUGGUUGAAAGUGUAUUCAUUCGUUUCGAGAAAUGGAAUCACAAACUGGCAAUCGAUUAAUAGAGUUUUCGUUGAGUCGACAAGCACGAAUGGCCAUCGAACGACGAGAUCA